CUCUCCAGUGAGCUAGCCGUUUUGUUUAGCCUCUCUCUCUCUCUCUCUCAAAUAACCAACAUUGAUGCCAUUACUUUUCUCUCCUCAAUUUCUUCUAUAAAUUCAACUCAGGCAUUUCUUUCUUUUUAACUCCGUGCUUUUCAAGAGAGAAAAAUACAAGCACAACAGUUUUGAUCAUCAUUAUAGACAACGCAGAUACAGUCUAUAUUUUUUUCCUGAAAGGAAUUUUUAGUUUAAAAUUGUUUUCAAACAAAGUAUACUUAAUACUAAAAAGAAAAAGAAAAAAAGAGAGACAAUAAAGGGCUUUGUUUUUCGGAUUGGAAUAAUAAGAAUGGGAUCCUCUUCAGGAUCAUAUGAUCUAUCAUUCAGGAUCUUGUUGAUCGGUGAUUCUGGGGUUGGCAAAAGUAGUCUUCUUGUCAGUUUCAUUUCCAGUUCUGUUGAGGAUCUUGCACCAACUAUUGGUGUGGAUUUUAAGAUCAAGCAGCUAGCAGUUGGAGGAAAGCGAUUAAAGCUGACAAUUUGGGAUACGGCUGGACAGGAGAGGUUCCGAACACUGACUAGUUCUUACUACAGAAAUGCCCAAGGGAUCAUUCUUGUUUAUGAUGUGACAAGGAGAGAAACCUUUACAAACUUAUCAGACGUGUGGGGUAAAGAAGUUGAGCUCUUCUCCACAAAUCAAGACUGUGUCAAGAUGCUCGUUGGAAAUAAAGUUGAUAAAGAGUCUGGAAGGGAUGUAACUAAAGAUGAGGGGAUGGCUCUUGCUAAACAGCAUGGUUGUCUGUUUCUUGAAUGCAGUGCGAAAACUAGAGAAAAUGUGGAGCAAUGCUUUGAAGAGCUGGCAUUGAAGAUAAUGGAGGUCCCUAGUCUUUUGGAAGAAGGAUCUACGGCUGUGAAGAGAAACAUUUUAAAGCAGAAACCAGAACACCAUGUAGCUUCUAAUGGUGGCUGUUGCUCUUAAAGGCUGUAACAGAAGUGGCCUCUACAUGAGAAUCAUGACUUACACAUCAAUAAAAGUCACAAAUAGCACUUCUGAUGGCGCCUGUACAUUGAAUUUCCACCUUAACAAAUCAUGGACAGAUCGUGUAUAUGGUAAUUGCUUUCCUUGUUUCUUUGUGUGUGUGCUGUUCCAGUUUUUAAUGAGUUGCCUUAGCCACUACUGUACCAUUUCAUUGUGGAAAUUCAGGCACUGAAAUAACAUAUAUUAGCUUGUGUAAAUUUGUUUGCCUUUGUUUUUAUUGGCCAAUCUUUACUCAUGUCUAAAAGAACAGUCUAUGUUCUAUUGAUUCAGUUAUUGUGAGUUUGUAUCUUUGUA